AUGGAGAAUUCUAAAGAAAACAAGUUUGUUUGUAACUUUUGUCACAAGAGCUUCACGUGUGGGAAGUCAUUAGGAGGUCAUAUCAGAAUUCACAAGAAUGAGAAAUCACCUCGAGUUGCUGGAAGGGAAAGAAGCAGCAUGUUGAAGUUUCAAGUUCCGAAAGAGAGGAGAAGAAGCAAGAGAGAUUCAGAAUCGGAGGUUGGUAAUGGGAAUUCAGGGUAUGGUUUGAGAGAGAAUCCUAAAAUAACACAGAGGUUUGCUGAUUCAGGAUUCAGUUCAAGGCAAGAGAAGUUUUGUAGAGAAUGUGGACAAGGGUUCCAGUCCUCAGAAGCUUUGAGUUGGCACUUGGCUUGUCACACUGAAAACGAAAGGGAAAACAGAAGGUUUGAAUACAAUUAUGGGAUCACACAUCAUCGAUCGGACAUUCCUGAGAGAGUACGAGAGGCGGCUAUUUGUUUGAUGAUGAUGUCUAAAGCUCCGAGAUUUUCAGGAUUUGAAGAUAACGACUCGGCUGCGGAAUCCUCUGAUAGUAAAUCAUCUUCUCGUUAUUUUAGGGAAAGUGAAACAUCUGCCUCCAACUCUAAUGGGGGAGGGCUAGAAAUGAAGGAAGUUACUGGUAGGAUCAACAAGUUGGAAGUUUAUGAAUGCGGCGGCGGUGAGAAUUCCGACUCUGAAAAUUUCAGGAAAGAAGUCUGCAAGAGGGUUAAAUUAAAAGUGUCUGUUCAUCGGGCUCUUAUGGAUGAAGAAUAUGAGAAACCAGAUUUCAAAUUUGGAGUCAGAGUAGGAAGAGCAAGUGGAGAUAUUCUAAAGGAUUCGAUGAAAACUAAGAAAAAUGAUGAUCAAGUGCAUGCAUCUUCUUACAAGUACGAGCUAAGAAAGAGGUUGAAGAAUGGAUCAUACAGUCCUGAUCUCUGGGAGGGAUCCAGCAAGAAGAUCCCUAGUGAGAUCUUUCGUUCUCAUGACAGAGAAACCUAUACAAGAAUGAGCAACGGAUGUGAAUGGACGCAUCAGUCAGGUGAAAACAGCGUAAAUACAACUACCAAUUCCAUUUCCAUACCAUCUAGGGAGUUAAUUGAGUCAAGCAAUGGCAAAAACAAGGGUAACCAGGACACUUCUGGAAAUGAAGAGAAGAAAUUGGGGCCCAAAAGAAAACAUAAGUGCCCAAUUUGCUUCAAAGCCUUCAAAUCAGGCCAGGCUUUGGGGGGUCAUAAGAGGUCCCAUGUGGUCGGAAGUUUAGAGGAUGCUUCUAUAGUGACAAGGCAAGAGUCCAAUGGGAUGGCUGGUCUAUUUGAUCUAAACGUUCCUGCUCCUAUGGAAGAAGAGGAAAAUGGGAGAUGGGGUUAA